CGUGAGAAAGAAGAAGAAGAAGAAGAACGAUGAGAGGGCCUUCUCCCUAUCUUGUUCUACCUGUCUUUUUCCUCAUCUUUUGCUUCACCGCUUCCUGCAGCGAGCAACGCCGGGUGUAUAUUGUGUACUUAGGACAGCACAACGGACUUAGAACCGGCCAGGAAAUCCUAGAAGACCACCAUUCCCUGUUGCGCUCUGUUAAGAACAGCGAAGAAGAGGCGCUGAAUUCCUUGGUGUACAGCUACAAGCACAGCAUCAAUGGCUUUGCUGCAUUGCUUACUGAAGAGGAAGCAGCGAAGCUAUCUGCGAUGGAGGAGGUGGUUUCUGCCUUUCCAGGUGAAGCGAGGUGGUCUCCACACACCACGAGGUCUUGGGAGUUCAUCAUACAGGAAGAGGGACUCCGAGGUUGGGAGAUGGAGUGGAUGACCUCAAAAGCGAAGCUUGGGAAGGAGGUCAUCGUUGGCGUGGUGGAUUCAGGUGUGUGGCCGGAGUCCCAAAGCUUCAGUGACGCAGGGAUGGGUCCCAUCCCAGAACGGUGGAAAGGCAUCUGCCAAGAAGGUGAUGCCUUCGAGUCACUCAAUUGUAAUAAGUGA